CGUGGCCGCGGCCGCCAUGGAGUUCAGCGCGCUGGACAUCACCCCCGUGGUGAUCGCCUUCAGCCCCGUGCCCGCGGUCAAGCGCAUGUUUGCGAUCGAUGACACUGGCACAUUCCAAAUAGUAAUGGUUCCAUCCGGGGCUGACCACAGGCCAGCAUUAGAGAGACUACAGAGGUGCACGUUCUGCUACGAUAUCUGCAAGCCGGAUGCUUCUUGCGACCAAGCCAGACCACCCCCUGUGCAGUCUUACCUGGAUGCAGCUUUCCUGCUGGAUAGCUCCCGGCAUGUGGGAAGUGCCGAAUUUGAAGACAUGAGACACUUCCUGGGAGCACUGUUAGAUCACUUUGAAAUCACCCAGGAGCCCGAGAUCUCGCUCACUGGAGACCGCGUGGCCCUGUUAAGUCAUGCUCCCCCCAACUUCCUCCCCAACACUCAGAAGAGUCCUGUUAGAACGGAGUUCAACCUCACCACCUACAACAGCAGACAGCGCAUGAAGAGGCAUGUGGAAGAAUCGCUUCAGCACCUAAAUGGAGACGCUUUUAUCGGUCAUGCCUUACAGUGGACUCUGGACAAUAUCUUUUUAAGUGCACCAAAUCCGAGAAAAAACAAAGUCAUAUUUGUGAUAUCUGCUGGGGAAACCAGUCACUUGGACAGAGACAUCUUAAAGAAAGAAUCUCUGAAAGCCAAAUGUCAAGGUUAUGCCCUAUUUGUGUUUUCCUUUGGCCCCACCUGGAAUGACAAGGAACUGGAAGAUCUAGCCAGCCUCCCUCUAGAUCACCACUUGGUCCAGCUUGGUCGGGUUCACAAACCUGACCACACAUACAGCGUGAAGUUUGUGAAGUCUUUUAUAAACUCAAUCAGGCGUGCAAUCAACAAGUAUCCACCAACAAACUUCAAAACAAAGUGCAACAGACUCAGCUCUACAAAUUCAAGGCAGCCGUCCCAGCAAUUGCGAAGCUUUGUUCCUGGACCACACAGAGCUGCCCUUAAACACAACGCAUUACAAAAGGCAAAAUUCUUUCAAGAUAAAAAAUAUGUUUCAAGAGUAGCAAGAAACAGCAGACAUAAUGCCAUUCGAAAUUUUACCAGGAACACAUCCCAUACCUUUAAAAAUGGGAAAAAGGUGAUAAAAACUGUUCCCAAAUGACAUGAUAAAGAAAGCGCUCGAAGAAUUUAACCUUGGGAAGCAUGGUAAGACUCUGGACUUAUGUAACUAAAUUCACUGCCAAUACUAUGGGUAACUUUUAUCCAGAUAUCUGCCUGUAUCUGGAGGUCUUCUUGGGAGGGCUGGACAAACCACGGCUUGGAGACUAUGAGGCAACUUGACGCCUUGCAUUCACUGGUAUUAAGAUAUAUCUUGUCCAUUUAUUUGGCCACUCCCAAUAAUUCCAGCAUGCUGACUGAUAUAUUCAAGGACUGUUAUCAUUAAAAGAUGGAAGAAUGACGAAGUAUUCUGAAAAGUCUAAUGGAGAUUAUAAUUUGAAGGUAGAUUUUAUACAGUGUAUACAUGUGUAUGCGUGGGCCAAUGCUAAUUCUUUCGAUUAUUGGUCUCUGUCAAUCCACUUUCUGCAAGUCGAGCUGUCUUUCUGAAUUUAGUACUGUUUAAUGCUCACCUGUUUAACCAAAGGUUGUUCUGCAAGACCCCAACAUUUACCUUAGAAAUUGAUGCUGUUGGGAUGUCAUAAUUUCAAAAAUUUGGCUUUCCACAAGUCCAUUUGAACACAUUACUGUGUCUGGAUGGACUGAGUAGUCCUCUGACGGGCUGGAGGGGUUAUGCUGGAAGGUUUCCUCCCACCUUCUGCGGUUAUUGGCUUGGACAGGUGAGAAGCAAAGGGUAGUUUUUCCCUCCCACCCCCAGUUCCAAAUCCUCCCUAACUCACUGAGAAACUCAUUAAUGCCCCCAGAAUAUAAAUUAUUGCUUUUGACCUGAAAGUUCCCUCUUCAUUA